CCUGCGCAUUGUGACUUAUCCCCCCAACCGCGCACGCCAUCAACAUUCAUCAUAACGCGGAGCUGAGCGAGAAGCACGUACACCCUCGUCGAGUCUUACGCGAAGAACGCGUCGACUUUCGCUCUUCUGCACCAAACAUUGCAUCAGCUCCUGUUUCCACCCCAGUCGCGUGCUGACAUCACAUCGCCACCAUCUCGAGACCAUGUCUGGCGAGAACAAUCGCGCCACUCCCCCGACUGAGGGCACUUCCACCGACGUGGAAAAGAAGAAGGACACAACCCAGGAGGCUCCUGCCGUCAACCCGGAGGCUGAGGCCGUGCCUGCGCCUGCCGCUGCCGCCCCCGAAGCGACUGAAGAAUCUGAUAGGCCCGCUGAAGCGUCUGCGAGCAAACCGACAGAGCCAACCGACGAGAAGAAGCCUGACGUCGAGAUGGCGGAUGACACCGCUCCAGCCGAGGCCGCGCCCAAGCGCGUCGAAGCUGCCGAAGUAGCAAAGCCUGAGCCUACCGAGCAGACCACUGCGGACACCGCCGAUGCAGCUGCACCCGACGCCGACGCGUCCAAGUCCAAGCGCAAGUCCAUCGGCGGCGGCGGCGGCGGCGGCGGCGGCGGCGGCGGCUCGAAGGCCAAAAAGCUCAACAAGAAGGCAUCGAAGCCGCGCUUGUUGCACUUGGAUGCCAAGCCGGGCGACCACUACUUCGUCAAGCUCAAGGGCUUCCCGCAAUGGCCCGUCAUCAUUUGCGAUGAGGACAUGCUUCCGGCAUCCCUGCUCAAAACUCGGCCGGUCACGGCAAUGCGCGCCGAUGGCACUUACCGCGAGGACUACGCUGAUGGGGGCAAGAAUGUCGCGGACCGGACAUUCCCCGUCAUGUACCUGCAUACCAACGAAUUCGGCUGGGUGCCCAACACUGAACUGAUCGAGCUUGAUCCUGCAACCGUCUUGCAGGAUGUCAAACUGGAGAAGAUGAGAAAGAGUCUGCAAGUCGCACACCAAUUGGCGGCGGAGAAUCACUCGCUGGAUUAUUAUAAAGAACUUUUGCAGAACUACCAGGAGGAGCUCAUCCAAGCGGAGAAGGAAAAGGCCGCGAAGGCGGCAACGCCCAAGGGCAAAAAGGCCAAGGCUGCCAGCGAGGAGGACGACGAUAUCGACAUGGCAGAUGCGCCUGACGUGGGGGAGACCCCGGCCAAAGACAAGAAGGCGAAGAAGAGGAAGGCCGAUGAAAGCGCCGAAACGCCGCAGCGUUCUGAUUCGGUCAAGAAACCAAAGAUCAAGUUGACGACCAGUGCCACGCCGAAGGCAGCCAACGGCGCCACAUCCACACCCAAAUCGGCGAAGACAGCUGAGGCCAAGGGCGCUAAGCCCAAGUCUAAAAAGGCGAAAGAGUCAGAAGCGAAGGACGAAGAAGAAGUCACAGCUCCGAAGGAGCCUGAAAUGUCCUCUGCGGAGAGGCACUCUAGGAAGAAGAAGGAAGUGCUGUUCCUUCGGCACAAACUUCAGAAGGGCCUCCUUACCCGGGAUCACGAGCCGAAGGAGCAGGAGAUGAAGCUGAUGUCGGACUACGUCACGAAGCUUGAGGCGUUUCCCGAUCUCGAAGUCAGCAUCAUCAGGGAGACCAAGAUCAACAAGGUGCUCAAGGCGAUCCUAAAGCUGGAAAACAUUCCGAAGGAGGAUGAAUUCAAGUUCAAGCCCCGGUCGCAGGUUCUGCUAGACAAGUGGAACAAGCUCCUGGCCGUCGACGGGACGCCAGCGGCGCCGGCCGCUGAGGUUAAUGGCACGUCCAAGGGGGCGGAGAAAGCCAACGGCGCCAAGGAGACGGGUGAGACGGAUGAGCCUGGCAAGGACAAGGAAGAGGACAAGGGAGAGGAGAAGGAGAGCGAGAAGGAGCAGAAGGAAGACGCAAAGGAGCCUAAGGAGGUGUCUAACGGCGGGUCCAAGGAGGCACCCAAGCCCUCUGAGGCAUCUGAGCCUUCUGAGGAGCCUGCUGCAGAAGAGGCCAAGGCCGCCCAGACUGAGGGUGUCGCGGCAUUGGCAUAAACGAGUCUCUCCGCACAUGAGCACGAAAAAUUGCGAUGUCAAUGCCGGCGGCGGCCUCAGAAGUUCCGAUCAACGGAGCGAGAACCAUCUCAAUGCCGACUGGCCGGGCAGAAGCCUCUCUGACCCAGCAACAGAAGGGAUAUCCGAGGGCUCAGCCAGCCUUUGUAAAACUAGGACGGAUCACGGGAUUUUCGAUUUCCUUUUUGCGUGUGGACAUGUUCUUGCGU